GAAAUCGACGAACGAUCGAACGAACUAUUUUUACGAUAGUUCUGAUAGAAAUCUGUUUUCGAAAAUGGAUAAUGUAGAAAGUAUGAUAAGGACGGACGUGGAGAUUCCAUCGGAAUAAUCCGUUCGUAGAUAAAAAUGACGGAAAUGCAGCCUAAAAUGUGUGUAUCGACGUUCAAAUGGUCCCUCCGUCGUAAACGUCGGCGAUUGGUUAGGCCGCAUGCGCAAGUCAAUUCCUAGUAGCGCGGCUGGCUCAGCCAAUAAGGCGAAAGCCUUAACGCCAUCGUUAACCAAUGAAAGAGUUGUUUGGUGACGACGAUACUAUUUAUAGCGCGAUGAGUCAUAGGAUACAAGGUAGUCGCUUUAGUUGGGUUUUCACAAGUUGCCAUAGACAUAGCGUGGUACGGGGAUAACACUUUGUGUAGUGUCAGUUGCGCGCACACGCUUCGUAUCUUUUAGUUAGAUCGUACUAUAGCUGUGACACGUGCGUACGCGUAGGUGUUGCCCGUUUUUCUUUCGACGUGUUGAAAACGUCGUGCAUUUGCUUUCGCACCCUCGCACACGUUAAGAAUGACUCAUUAUUGUGCGCUACGUUCUUUCGAUCAGCUUUAGCUUGUCAACGGAGGGAAGGAAAAUAUAAGAACGAAGGAAAUAGGGAGAGAGAGAGAGAGAGAGAGAGAGAGAGAGAGAGAGAGAGAGAGAGAGAGAGAGAGAGAGAGAGAGAGAGAGAGAGAGAGACAGAGAUGCAUCCACAAUCCACGCCCCACAGUGACGUAUGAAAGAGUGGGGGUAAAGCGAGUACCGAAGAAAACAUCGAAGAUAACGCGCGUAUGCGGAAUUGGAAUGAAUAUUGCAUUCGAUAUUUAUAAUAAGCAAGUAUGUAAGAUAUUGUAUACGCAUGAUACACAUGCGUCGUCGGAUUAAAAGGAAAAAGUCGAGUUCGGAUGCCGUUGUAAAGUUAUGUAACUCUGCCCUUGCGUCAGAAUAUAGGGAAUCGUAAUAUUUAGAAAAAUUUCAACGCUCUACACGGAUCUUACGAACAUUCUUUUUUUCUUGAACCGGAUCUAGACGAUUCUGUUCCUUACGACGUAAAAACAUCGAACGAAAGACGCGCUUUGAAUUCGUGAUUCACCGAAGUGUCGAGCGAGCGUGUAGGAAAAGUGAGAGUAAGAGAGAAAGAGAAAGAGAAAAAAACAGAUACUGCAGAGAAAAGAGAGGGGGAAGACAACGAGAGAUAGAGCACGCGUAUAUGCUCGAAAGAGCGAGAGAGAAAAAAAAGACGACCUUCGGAGUUGCCAUCAAAGAAAGACCAUUCUCCACCGUAUCGAUGGUACGAAAUUUAACAAUGGAUCAGGUAUUUAAUGAGGACACGACAGGCUCUUAUGGAGUCAUAAAUCGUGACAAUAACAUGGGUCUACGUAAACGUAAUCUUACGUUGGAUUUAAACAAUUGUCAGAGACAAGAGUUACAAGUUAAAAGACCAAGAUUGGGCCCGUUACCGACGACUUUAAAUAUUGCUCCGAUUUUGAGUUCGCCAGACUUGAAUAUGCUCAAACUGGGAUCGCCGGAAUUGGAGAAGUUGAUAAUCGAACAGCAGGAUGGCAAUGGCGCCGACACCGAGGGCGUCGUCACGUCCUUGCCGACGCCAACGGCGCAGAUACUUUUUCCAAAAACCGUGACAGAAGCUCAAGAACUUUAUGCUCGAGGUUUCGUAGAUGCCUUAAACGAGCUACAUCACUCGGAUAGCUCCCAAGAACCUGGUAGCUUGCACGGAGUUACUUACACGACUUUGGAGCCACCCGGUAGCGUGCAAAGCGUCGGAACGGAGUCCUCGGUGAGUCAGGGUCUCAUGCAAAUAAAGGACGAACCGCAAACGGUACCUAGCGUUUCAAGCUCGCCGCCUAUGUCACCGAUAGACAUGGAAAAUCAAGAAAGGAUCAAACUCGAAAGGAAGAGGCAACGAAAUCGCGUGGCCGCUUCCAAGUGUCGCAGGCGCAAACUCGAACGUAUUUCCAGGCUGGAGGACAAGGUCAAAGUUCUCAAGGGCGAGAACAGCGAAUUGAGCGCGGUCGUACACAAACUAAGGGAACACGUUUGUCGACUUAAGGAACAGGUGAUGGAUCACGUUCAUUACGGCUGUCAAAUCAUGACAGUUUCGGAACAAUUUUAAAAAGAGGAUGUGUUUGUAUAGAAAUCGAUGCAAUAUAUAUAUAAUAUAUAUAUAUAUAUAUAUAUAUAUAUAUAUGCAAGAAAUGAGAAAAAUUGCGUGCUUAUAUAUAAUUAUUUUCAAAGCUGAGAAAUAAUCAUGUGUUGCGAUCAUUUUUUAAAGAAACAAAGAAAAGAGAGAGUCGCGCUCGGGAAUUUUCCCCCUUUGAUCUUUAUUAAUAUUGCAUUUAUAGUCUGUUUGCUUAUGCGAAUGUUUAAAUGAUUCAUUUAAAUGAUAUAUAUAAAUAUAUAUAUAUAUACACACACACAUAUAUAUAUUAUAAGCGUAAUUAUAUAUAAUGAAUGUAAAUUUUUAUACGCCUAAAUACGAUGUGCUUAAUAAGAAGCAACGAGACUUCCGAUACCUCAUAAAGAUUUAUAUUUUUGCGACUUAAGAAACUUUUACAAUUGUAGUCCAGAGAAAGUGAGAAGAAAGGAAUUCGAGGUCUUUUGUCUUGCUAAUGCGUGCCAUUAUAUACAGUGUGCCUUCUAUGCAUAUUAUUCUUGCAUAGUAAAGGGAUGAGAUUUCAAGACUGUUCAUUCGUGCUUUUUUAAUAUUUUCUGGAGUAUGUUACAUGCCUAAUAAUAUUAUUAUAGAUAACGAUAUUUUAAAGCUUGAAAAUCAUCGACGAUGUGAACACUUAAUCAAAUAAUAAAUAUAUUAAUUAUACAUUAAUUAAAUUUAGAGAACAAGAAAAAAACAAAAAAGAAAAAAAAAUUAUGCUACUAUAAACGAUGAAAGUAACAAAUUAAUUGUGAUUUAGUCAAUAAGCUAAAAUCCCAAUGUCCAAGUUGGGACAUAGAAGUAUGGUGCUGAAGCGACAAGAGCGUUUGCAACAAAACGAUAAUAAAUAAAUAUAGCUAUCGAAAUAUAUUAUAUGAAUAUUCAAUAAUAUAUAUAUAUAUAUAGAUAAAUAUAUAUAUAUGCUGGAUGUAUAUAACUUUAAUAGAAAACCUUUUAUCUAACGUAAAUACAAACGCAUACAAUGCAAAAUGGAAAGAUUUUUUACGAAUGAUUUUAUUUUUUAACGAAAUACGAUAAAAAUAUACUUUCUCUCUCUC